AUGGCUGGACUACCGGAUAACCCUGAUGAUUGGUUUCGACUUGAGGAUCCUGAUGAGCCAUUUGGAGUUCCUUUGCAUCCACAUCCACUACACUUAGCGGGGGAUCCGUACUUUCCCCAGGACGGUCUUGAGGAGGAGGAUCCCGAAGAGGAUCCCGAAGAGAAUCCUGAAGAGGAUCCCGAUGAGGAGGAGCUCGAGAAUGAGGGCAUAUUUCAGGAUGCCCAAGAGACUGAUGAUGAUGGUCCUGCAGAGGAUGAGGGAGACCUCUCCGAAGAGGAACCUACUCCCCUUACCCCACCAGACUCACCACCGAGACCCUACUACCAGCCGUACCUUCUGCGCGGCAAGGGCCCUUGUAUGAUGAGGACCCCAGGAACUACUAUAUCUCCUAUUUACCACUUGGACCCAGCUGCUCAGACCUCCUUAGCAGGAGGGAUGCUACUGAUCUACCACCACGGUUUGAGGUUGGUGAAUCUUCACGAGCACCACUCAGGCUCUACUUCCCUCGACCAUCGAGUUGAGACACUCGAGGAAGAGGAGAAGGAGAAUUCUGAUGCGAUCCAGAUAUUAUAUCAUCUCUCGGGUGCUGAUCACGACGCAGUGAAUGCCUUGAGUGCUCAGGUUAGAGCACAGAACUACCGGAUUCAGAUCAUGGAGAGCGAGCUUGCUGCGCAGCGAAAUCAGUUGGUUAUCUCUGCGCAGGAACGACGAUACAUCUUGGACCAGUUCGAGGACUUUGUCCUCUAUGUGAUGACUCGAUUUGGGAGGUAG